AGAAACCCCACAUUUCUGCAACACAGUUCCUACACCCACUCAAGUGCUCGCUGUCUCCUGUCUCUGUCAAGUGUGGACAAUGUUGCUCCGUCGUGCAACCGCCGCAUUACCCAAAACCCUACAAAACCUCCGGCUAUACUCUCCGGCAGCUACCUCCGCAUUACCCCUAGAAACCCAACUAGACUACCUCCCUGGAUUCCCGCGACCCGACCCGAAGCACGCGGAGACGAUCUUGGCCGUUCCACGGUCUGAUUCCGGCAAGAACAUAUCGGCGAAAGAGCGCAAAGCGGGCCGAGUCCCUUCGAUCAUAUUCGAACAGGAGGAUGGACAGCACGGAGGGAACAAGCGGCUUGUCUCAGUUCAGACGAAUCAGAUCAGGAAGCUGGUGACUCACAUGGGUUACUCCUUCUUCCUCUCUAGGAUUUUCGAUGUCGAGGUUCGGUCUGAGCUUGAGUCCGGUGAGGUCGUUGAGAAAGUCAGGGCCUUGCCCAGAUCGAUUCAUUUGCACUCUGGAAGUGAUGCACCGCUGAAUGUGACAUUCAUAAGAGCUCCUCCUGGUACUCUGUUGAAGGUUGAUAUCCCUCUUGUCUUCAUUGGAGAUGAUGUUUCUCCUGGUUUAAAGAAAGGAGCAUCUCUGAAUACCAUCAAAAGAACCGUAAAGUUCCUAUGUCCAGCAGAGAUCAUCCCUCCAUAUAUAGAAGUAGAUCUCAGCCACUUGGACGUUGGACAAAAGCUAGUAACCGGAGACCUCAAGGUUCAUCCAGCGCUAAAGCUUAUAAAGUCCAAAGACGAACCAGUCGUUAAGAUUGCCGGAGGACGUGUCAGUGACCAACAAAAGGACCAGGGAAAGAAGGACCAACCAAAGAAAGACCAAACAAAGAAAUAAACCGGUGAGUGAAUCAUAUUAACCGGUGUAAACCAAAAUGUUGCUCAUACUUGUCUUUUGAUUCUGCAAUGCAUCUUUCUUUUACAUGUGAACGAGUUUAUUUACAAUAAGAGUAGAAAUGGAACCAAACACAAAAAUUUGAUCUUUCA